UCGUCCUCCGGAAAAGAUUACACGACACGAAAAUUCGCAAUGAGCACCCCCAUGGAAAUCGAUCAACCUUCUGGCUCGAAGGCUAGUGGGAAGGCUAAAGAUACUGGAAAGAAACGGUUUGAGGUGAAAAAGGUAAGGACACUCGAUCAGGGGAAAAUGUUACUUUCACGCGUUAUACGUGCGUUGGAAAAAAUAGCACCUUUAUCGCUCGCCGAGAGUUCGUGGGAUAAUGUAGGCCUACUCGUAGAACCACCGUACCCCCAAAUUUCUGCUUCUCGCAUUUUCCUUACUGUAGACUUAACACCAACCGUGUUGGAAGAAGCUCUUUCGGACGAAAAAGUUGGGGUAAUUGUGGCGUAUCAUCCCCCAAUAUUUCGACCGUUUAAGAGGUUAAACAUGAGUGACGUUAAGCAAGCUAUCACAAUGAAGUGUGUCGCUCGAGGAAUCGGGGUGUUUAGUCCGCAUACUGCCGUUGAUUCGGCCGAGAAUGGAGUGAAUGAUUGGCUUGCCAGAGGCCUCGGAUCCGGCUUUUCUCGAACAAUAGUACCGGCGGAGAAUCCACCUCCAGGGCAAGAAAGAGCUGGCAUGGGUCGAAUAUUUACUUUUCAUCAGGCUGUUCCAUUGUCAACCGUGAUCGACCGCGUAAAGAGGCAUUUGAAACUUCCUUAUGUCAGAGUUGCUACAGCCGAGAAACACAAAUCAACCUCGGAUGAAUUAAUCUCAACGGUUGGAAUUUGUGCUGGUGCAGGCUCGUCUGUACUUAAGUCUGCCGAGGUUGAUCUUUAUUUUACGGGGGAAAUGUCACAUCAUGAUGUGCUUGCUGCGCUGGCCAAAGAUACCAGUGUCAUCUUGUGCGAGCAUUCGAAUACGGAAAGGGGAUAUUUAUCCGAGGUAUUGAAACCAUUGAUUGAAAAAGAAUUGAAGAAUGAUGGUACAAAUGAGGUGUUUGAGGUAAUGGUAAUUGACAUAUCCUCGGCGUUUGACGCCGACUUUAGAAUCGAUAAAUCGCUUAUGGGAUACUUAUUCGCGAAUUGCAAAAAUCUUGUUGAAAUCGCCUUGGAAUAUCACAAGGAAUCUUUACUUGAUGAGCCAUUUUUAACAUUAGAAGAGCUACAUCUUUACGUUGAUGAUAAUGAAGACAAUGUCACCGCUCAACAACAUCAAUCCAACAAGAUUCUUGCGCCAAUUCGUAGACUAACAAUGAAACUUUACAAUGUGUCGCCGGAACCUCUAAUCUCCCUACUCUCCUCACGUUUCACCACCUUACAAGAAAUCUCAUUGCACGUAAUCUUUGAACUGACGCCCAUACCCAUGGAGAAUCUAAGAAAAUUGGUGAAAAACAACACGGAAUUUAAAAAAUUAAUGUUGUACACGAUUCAGGGUAAGCGAACGUUUGUCGGUAAAGUGCUGGAGGAGUUUAAAAAUGGUGGUGAAUUGCCGGAGUUAGAAUGCUGGUGGAUUCCGGAUUUGGUUUGA